GUGAAGAUAAAUGCUACGAUUACCGCAGUCCAACUGGUGGCAGUCAUUCAAGCACAAAUGGUCGGGUCAACACUUGUAUAGAUUUUUAGAUCAAUGUUUUUUUUAUUGUAAUCGGAUUUUAUGUUUAAAGUGUGUACUGUUCAAAAUAUCAUCAAGCUAUAGAUUUCCAUCGAUUUCGCACCGACUUUACUGUUGGAGAUAGGUACCUACCUGUUUCAAAAGCGGGAGGUUCAAACCUUAAUGAACAUUCAUAUCAGUGGUCGAUUUCUGAAGGAGCAGAUCUUUGGUUUUCUAAAACAAUUACUGAAAAUCAUGUCAAAGUCUAAAAUUAGUGAGACGAUCCAGAAAUAUUUUAAGACGACCACAUUGCACGGCUUCAAAUACUUGUGUUCGGCACAUAGUGGCGAUCGCAUGUGCUGGGCGGCGUGCUGCUGCGCGAGCGCGUGCUGCGCGGGCGUGCUGUGCGCCGUGCUGUGGGCGCGCUUCCUCAGCGUGCCCGCGCUGCUGGCGCUGCGCGAGCCGCGCGCCGGCAGCAGCACGCACGUGCCCACGCUGGCCUGGUGCCCGCACCCUGCGUCUGUCGCGCAGGCCUUCCUUGAUAAGCUGUCUUUAAAUACAACACUAACAAAACACAUCCCCAUCACGCUGUCGCGCCUCUUAACCAGCAAGAAGACCCCAAAAGACCAACUGCUACUACUUGACGAGCUCCUGGCUUCGAACAACCUGACGUUACCCCAAGUGAUGAUGGACUUUACACCCAGUUGUGACGAGCACACGAAGCGGUGUAGAUAUCAGAGGAAGAUGCUGCCUUGCGACAGUUUAUUUCAGAAAGAGCUCACGUAUUGGGGACUUUGUUGUGUUAUGCAGCCGAAGAAAUUAUCAAAUGUGUCCAUCGGACUACUGGGUCGGUCUCACACGACACAGAUGAUAGACGUGGUAUUGCAAUCUACGGACGAGUUUGACAUAUAUGGUUGCCAGCUGAUAACAUUCUACGACGGCGAGGAGUUCCUAGAGCCUCAGACCCUGAGCACGGGCGCGGUGUAUCUCGGACAGCUGCGCUUCUCAGCCGUGCCCGAGAGCCCGGGCUCCAGCCCCGCCGGCCUGCUCGGGGACGAGUGUGUGCGCGAGCUGGACUACACCAAAACUGUCUGCAUGCGGAGAUGUGUGGAGCGCGCAUGUGGGUGUCGCGAUCCUCUGCAGUCGAACUACUACAGCUACAACAGUAACUUGCCCAUGUGUUCCGCCUCUCGUCUCAGCUGCUUGAGAGCUAAUGAAAACAAGCAAUAUCAUCUUUUUUUGGUUUCAGUAAACAUAACCUGCCAAUGUUUGCCUUCUUGUAAAAAGGUAACAUCGUACACGGUGCUAGAAUCUAGCCCAAUAACGAUUUUCAAGGACGCAAUUGAUCCUUUAUACUCUGGACUAAACAAUACGCCAACUAUUGUACUGAACCUCAGAGUCAACGUGGCACAUUCUCGAGAGUUCAUAUUGUACCCUACGGAAACCUGGCUUACUUUGUUGUCAUCCUUAGGUGGUGUUUUUAACAUGUUCUUGGGAGUAGGAUUAUUCAGCGCGUUAGAAUUCCUGUACUUCCUAAUAGCCCAGUUGCCGGUAGCGAUAAAGAGAUCAUCAGAAAUAGACCCUACAGCUAAGCGUGCUACACCAGCGGUGUUCCGUUAGAUUGGAUGUGGCACAUAUGUAGCACCACUCUGGUAUAUAGUUAUUAUUGUAUGCAAUGUGUUAUUUACAACAAAUGAUAAUCUCACAUUAUAACUGGUAUCUACUUCGGAAAAUUAUUUAUAAGUGUA